AUGCCUAGCCCUCUCGUUUUUGCCUCUCCUCCAUCCAUCGGCAUGGCCAUGCCCACCGGCCCUCCCCUGAGCGCCUCUUUACUCACUGCAUUGAAACCCGCUGGUAAGGGUGCCUCACAGGGGGCUGGUCACUCCUCUCUUCCCCUGCACGUGACCCACCCAUUGCACCCGCACUGCCUUCCCUCUCGUUCCCCUCCAUGCCCCCAUGCAGCCCACAUCAUUUUCCUCCUCUGCCACCUCCUCCCCUCCCUCCACCUCCUCCCCUUCCUCCACCUCCUCCUCAUCUUCUACCACCUCCCCUUCCUCCAGCUCCAUACUCCCAGUUGCCCCUCCCAGCCUCACAACUUCUCCUUCCCUCCUCUCUUCCCUCCUCUCUUCCCUCCUCUCUUCCCUCCUCUCUUCCCUCCUCUCCUCCCUCCUCUCCUCCCUCCUCUCUUCCCUCCUCUCCUCCCUCCUCUCUUCCCUCCUCUCUUCCCAGCUCUCUUCCCUCCUCUCUUCCUUCCUCUCUUCCCUCCUCUCUUCCCUCCUCUCUUCCCUCCUCUCUUCCCUCCUCUCCUCCCUCCUCUCUUCCCUCCUCUCUUCCCUGCUCUCUUCCCUCCUCUCUUCCCUCCUCUCUUCCCUCCUCUCUUCCCCCCUCUCUUCCCUCCUCUCUUCUCCCCUCUCUUCCCUCCUCUCCUCCUUCCUGUCUUCCCUCCUGUCUUCCCUCCUGUCUUCCCUCCUCUCUUCCCUGCACUCGUUGCUCCCCUCUCUGCUCUGCACCCUCCCGCGUCCUCCAACCCUCCCUCCCUUGCUCUUGUCGCCCCACAAUCCCCAUCUGCCCCUCACUCCGCAUCUGCCCUUCAAUCCGCAUCUGCCUUCCAUUCUGCAUCCGUCCCUCUCUCUGCAUCAUCCCCUCCCCUCGCGUCUGCUCAUUCUCCCCCCAGCGCAUCUGCUCGUCUCGCACUCGCCCCUCUCCCUCCCCUUGGCCCCUCGUUGCACCCUCGCCCUCUUGCUCCCUCCUCCUCGCUCCCUCGCCCUCUUGCUCUCUCCUCCUCGCUCCCUCGCCCUCUUGCUCCCUCCUCCUCGCUCCCUCGCCCUCUUGCUCCCUCCUCCUCACUCCCUCGCCCUCUUGCUCCCUCCUCCUCGCUCCCUCUCCCCCUUGUUCCCCCGUUGCACCCUCUUCUUCUUCCUCCCCUUGCUUGCUCUCCUCCAUCCCCGCUUCCUCUCCUCCUGCCAUUCUCCCUGCCACUUCUCCCACCUCCCUCUCUGUCCCUGCCCACCGCUCCCUUCGCUCCUCUUCUCCAGAGCUCGAAGCAUGCUCCCCCCGUGCCUGCUGCAUCUGCCCUCUUGCCUCAAUGA